AGGGAUGCAUAAUGUUGGAGAUUUUUACAGUGUGGUAGGGUGAUUUAGUAAAAAUCAUGAGCAUGCCUAUUUCUACACUUAAUAGCAGGUAUUGUUAUGGACAAUUUAUCUUAUAAAACAUGAACUGAUUUUUUUUCAAGUUGACAUUCAGAAUUCUUCUUUAUUAUAGGCACCACCAGUCACCCUGGAAGGAAAUGAGAAUCUAGUCUAGAGUUCCCAGAAGCAGUAUCACUCACAAGAGCAAAAAUCUGAAACUAAGAGCUCCUGUCUCCUGGAUCCCCAGGUCCCUGAAUAUGUUAACCCCUAAUAAUGCCUGCUCUGUGCCUACCUCUUUCCAGCUCACUGGCAUCCCUGGCCUGGAAUCCCUGCACAUCUGGCUCUCCAUCCCCUUUGGCUCCAUGUACCUGGUAGCUGUGCUGGGGAACAUGACCAUCCUGGCAGUGGUAAGGAUGGAGCACAGCCUGCACCAGCCCAUGUACUUUUUCCUGUGCAUGUUGGCUGUCAUUGACUUGGUCCUGUCAACCUCUACCAUGCCCAAACUACUAGCCAUCUUCUGGUUUGGUGCCCAUAACAUUGGUGUGAAUGCCUGUUUGGCCCAGAUGUUCUUCAUUCAUUGCUUUGCCACUGUUGAGUCAGGCAUCUUCCUUGCCAUGGCUUUUGAUCGCUAUGUGGCCAUCUGUGACCCACUGCACCAUACCUCGUUGCUCACUCAUGCUGUGGCAGGUCGUUUGGGACUGGCUGCCCUCCUCCGGGGGGUAAUCUACAUUGGACCUCUGCCCCUAAUGAUUCACCUGAGGUUACCCCUUUACCAGACCCAAAUCAUUGCCCAUUCCUACUGUGAGCACAUGGCUGUGGUCGCCUUGGCAUGUGGUGACACAAGGGUCAACAACUUAUAUGGAAUGGGGAUUGGCUUCCUGGUAUUAAUCCUGGAUUCAUUGGCCAUCACUGCCUCCUAUGUGAUGAUUUUCAGGGCUGUAAUGGGCUUGGCCACCUCUGAAGCCAGGCUUAAAACCUUAGGGACAUGUGGCUCUCACAUCUGUGCCAUCCUCAUCUUCUACAUCCCCAUUGCUGUUUCCUCUCUCACACACCGCUUUGGCCAUCGUGUGCCUCCCCAUAUCCAUAUCCUUUUGGCCAACCUUUACCUCCUCAUCCCACCUAUCCUCAACCCAAUUGUCUAUGCUGUCCGCACCAAGCAGAUCCGAGAGACUCUUCUCCAUAUUAAGGCAAGGACUCAAACCAGGUGACUGUUCUAUAUCUUUUUAUUUUAGGUUCAGGAAUACAUGUAA